CGUACCUCACGAACCCGGAAUAUGUAGCAUAGAAUUACCCAAUCUUUAUAUAUUUUAGUCUUGAUCCCAUUAUCUUUCCUUUCUUGUACACAGGUCAACAAAAUCAAAUAAAAUCAUCACAGUUUAUUUGCACGACCUUUCCCAAGCUCCAUCAAUGGCAGACUCCAACCUCACGUAUCUCUGGUAUCUCCUCUUCCUCUCACCUGUUGCUCUCCUCAUCUUCCUCUACCUCAUAGUUCGACCACGCCCCGUCAAGAUCCCAAUCAAAAACCGCCACGUUUUCAUCACUGGCGGAUCCAGUGGCAUCGGCCUGGCCCUAGCUCACCGGGCCGCAUUGGAGGGUGCACGAGUCUCCAUCCUCGCCCGAUCGCUCGACAAGCUCAAGGAGGCGAAGGAAUCAAUCCGCCUAGCCACAGGCAUCGACAUUGCGAUCUUCGCCGUUGAUGUGAGGGAGUACGACGCCGUUCAGAUGGCGGUGGAGGAGGCUGGGCCCAUUGAUGUGUUGGUUGUGAAUCAAGGGGUUUUUGUUCCCCAAGAACUGGAGAACCAAGACUUGGAUGAGGUGAGGUUCAUGGUGGACGUGAAUCUGAUCGGGAGUUUCAAUAUGAUAAAGGCUGCUUUGCCUGGUAUGAAGAACAGAGGGAAUCGUGGACCGGGUUCAAUCGCUCUCAUGUCAUCCCAGGCUGGUCAGGUGGGCAUAUAUGGUUAUACAGCUUAUUCAGCAAGCAAGUUUGGGUUGCGGGGUCUAGCAGAAGCGUUGCAGCAAGAGCUUAUCUCACAAGACAUUCAUGUCUCCCUCAUAUUUCCUCCAGAUACAGAUACACCUGGCAUGGCGGAAGAGAUCAAGAAACGUCCUCAGCUCACCAGCAUCAUAGCUGCCGCAUCUGGUGUAAUGGGAGCUAAUGAAGUUGCCAAGAAAGCUUUGGAUGGCAUUAAAUGUGGUAGCUUUAUCAUCCCUUGCAACUUUGAGGGGCUCUUACUGUCCAUAGCAACUGCAGGCUUAUCUCCUCAGAGAUCGUUUCUAAUGGCUUUUGUUGAGGUGUUCACCACUGGCCUGAUACGUGUUGCAGCACUAUGUUUCCAGUGGACUUGGUAUACAAGCAUUGAGAAGUGGCAUGCACAACAGGAACAUUAAGAUGUUGAUAAUCUGGGGGAUCGAUGGACUUUGACCCACUGAAGUUGAAGUGAAGUUGCUAAAAAGGUAGAUUUCAUUCUUUAGAUGAGUCUCAAAGCAAGAAGCAUAAGUGCUUUUGUAAUAUAAAUGGACCUUAUUUUUUUUUUAACUUACCCAAUAAUCAUGCUUUUUCUUACUCAGUGAACCUUUCUUACUCAAAUUUUGGUCUGUGUUGUUUGACUUGGAGCACCCAAAAAUCUGGACUAUAAAUUGUGUAAAGAUAAGACUGGGGGAGGAGAGGGCCUUUUGAGUUUUGACUACUACAAUUUGAAGCUUUGGUUCUCUUACUAAUGAUCCAUUUUGUUAUGAUAUUUCUUGUAAUAAAUGAAUUAGUAGCCGUUUUAUUUUA